UCGCACACUGCCACCUGGAAGUAGAACACACGCGCCGCCACACUUGCUGUUUUAACCCAUGCAGCCCCGUGCACCGGCGGAUUCAGGAAUCAGGACGAAGGUGAUAUUUUCUGUCAGGCUUCAGUAAGGACUCACCGGCAUAGCAAGUCCUAGUGCUUGGAUGGUGCUGUCCGGGAGUGGGUGGUGCACGCGCCAUGGACGGGAGUGGUUGAGGAGAUAGGGAAAAUGCUGUGCUGGAGUCCCCACUGUCCGAAAAUGUUGAAAACCGGAUACGUGAAUGUGGCCUCCCCCUUUGGGAAAAACCAAGGAAAAGAAAAACCAAAAAAGUGAAAACAGCUGCAGGCCUUGGUUCCGAAAAUCCAGCGGCCCACCCACAUCCUUAAUAUACGCAUCUCGAUCUUCAUUCGCAUGAAACUCUCGCUCUCUCUAUCGAUCUGUUUCUCUAUCUCUAUGUUUGAGGUUUCGAAAGCAUAAUCUCUCGAGUGUUUUCAAAUUGAACUCUCUCUCUCUCUCUCUCUCUCUUUGAGGUUUCAAAAACAUAAUCUUUCUCUGAGUGUUUACAAAACGAACUCUCUCUCUCUUCGGGUUCUAAAAAAAUAGAAGAAGAAAUAGUCUCUCUCUCUCUCUCUCUCUCUCUCUCUCUCUCUCUCUAUGAUUGAGGUUUCAAAAACAUAAUCUUUCUGUGUGUUUACAAAACAAACUCUUUCUCUUCGAGUUCUAAAACAAGUAGAAGAAGAAGAAGAAGAAGAAGAAGUAGAAGAAGAAAUUGGAAAUUAACAAUGCGGAUGAGUUGUAAUGGUUGCCGGGUGCUGAGGAAGGGAUGCAGCGAGAACUGCAGUAUAAGGCCAUGCCUGCAGUGGAUAAAGAGCCCCGACUCCCAAGCAAACGCCACCGUUUUCCUUGCUAAAUUCUACGGCCGAGCCGGCCUAAUGAACCUUAUAAACGCCGGCCCUGAUCAUCUCCGUCCUGUUGUUUUUAGGUCUUUGCUCUACGAGGCUUGUGGGAGAAUCGUGAACCCCAUCUGCGGUUCCGUGGGGUUAGUUUGGGGCGGAACUUGGCAUAUAUGCGAGGCGGCCGUGGAAGCCGUCCUUCAAGGUUCCCCCAUCACGCCAGUCGCGUCUGAAACUGCCGCGAACAGCCAGAUGCCCCCUCUCAAGUUCUGCGACAUUCGCCACGUCUCCAAGGACGACGUCUUCGCCGACCCUCACCGCGUCCGGACUCGAUACCGGAUGAAGCGCUCCGUCGACAAGCCCAAGCCAGGUGGGGUUCCGCCUUCGGACUUCGAAUCGAGUCGAGUUACGGCGUUAAAACGUGAGGGGUGUAGUCCCGACGAGUUGAACCGAUCGACAAGCCACGAUUCUUCUGUGACGCACCCGUCGGAUACGCCGGAGACGGAGAGCAUGAUCUCGGCGGAGACAGCUGAAGCGUCGCUGCUGUCUCGAGCCGAGCCGGAGUCGCUCCCCGAGCCGAGUAGCCGAGGUGAGGAUGGAGAGGUAGAGCUGGAGCUGACUCUGGGCAUGGAGCCGAUCAAACCGCGACCCAUCAAGAAGCGGAAGAUCGAGAUCACUGAUCCGACGGACGACGACACGUGCCACGUGCAGCUGGGCCUCCAUUGAAUGCCCAGGGUGAAGGAAGCGGUUUGGUAUGGUUCUGAUCGAAUCUAUAUGUCUCCUCUCUCUCUCUCUCUCUGAUUUUUGUUUAUUUGUUUUUAAAUUUUGUUAAAAUACUUUUUUUUAUUUAUAUUUUUGUGAAAAUUCAAAUAGGACGUGUACAAAGGAGAGUAUAUAGAAAUCAAGAUUUGACCAAUCACUAUUCCUCGGUCUUAUGACCCAACAAGUGACUAUUAAAAGUAUCACAAUUUGUGAUACUCUAUUGAAUCCGAGAGAAACAAUUCUACAUUUUGCAUUAAUUCCAAGGAUGAACUCUAAUAUUCUG